AGGAGCUGCUCAUUUCACUGCCUGCAGCGCUGAGACAUUAGGCUGAAUUAACAGAGAUUGUGAGUCUUGGUGUGGAAAACGUGGUUGUGAUUUUAGAGAAGCUGCAGCCUCAGCAGAGACCUGACUGAUCAAGAUGCUGAAAAAACUCCUGAAAUAUCUUCGUACUGACAAAGCCGGCCCCCCCGGGGCAGUCAUCGGGAUGCUCGGCUUCGUUUAUUAUCUGAACGGCAUUGUUUGCACGGGCAAAGGCCAAACUUUUGAAUGCAAUGAAAUCAUGGCUGUGCCAUUCUUCUUAGUGUUCUUCUUAAUGCUCCUGAUAGAUCAGACAUUUCGGAGCGCAGCGAAACACGCAGACACGUUUUUGUGUCUUGUAGUGAAGCGCGUUAUCAGAGCGAUUUUAAUCGGUCUGCUGUGGGUCGUAGCUAUGUUGCUUUUUACAAACUGGUAUGGCUGCUGCAAGACUGAUGAAGAAACGAGCAAACUUUUCCACAUAUCUGAGACCCUCACAGAAGAAGAAGAAGCUCAAAAAGCUGAAAUGAUAAUCAAGUCAAAGCUCAUCGGUUAUUCUCUGCUCCUGGGUAUGACUGUUGUAGCUUUCCUUGUGACGUGGAGUGGAUGGAGAAAAUACUUUAUAAACAAAUUCAGUUGUUGCAACAAGAAAACUUUUUAUUACAAACUGAUUCUGGAAGAGGAGAAAAAGGUUCUGGAGGAGCUUCUGAGGAAUGAAGUCAAUGAGACCUUAACUAAAGAGAUUCAGAGCAACAUAAACAGGAAAGACUGGGACGGCUGUUUUAAUGUUGCUCAGCAAAUGAUCAAUAAAGCCAAAGAACAAAAACCAACAGCAACAAACGAGGACUUCAAGUGGAUCAGCGAGGGGAGCGCCACAGGAGGGGAGCAGGAUCAUGGAGCAGCACAUCAGCAGGCACAAAAUUAUGAGCUUCUUGCACUGGGACAAGGCACAAAAUUAUGAGCUUCAUGCAGUGACACAAGUUCUGUGUUUUCUGCCCAAUAAAGAUCAAAGACACAUUUGAUGAAUCUGCCUGAAAAGCAAAUAAAGUGACGCAGCUACAAAAACAAUGCAAAUGACCUCAAAGAGUUCCUGUCCAUCCAGCCUCCAUUUCCUGCUGCUGGUCCAGGUCCUCGGGACAGCAGAGACACCCUGACCUCCUUUUCCCUGCCACCUCCUCCAGCUCCUCUUGGAUGGCUUCUGCAAGUCAGCCGACAGAUGGAAGUUCUCGCUUUGUCAGACUGUACAAAGUGUCUGAUCUUUGCUGUUUGUAAUGAUAAAUCCAAAGAAAUGUUU